AUGCCCUUCAGGGACAUCGCGUCCCACAACACCAUGAUGACGGCACACGCUGCUGCUCCGGGCGGCGGCGUUGACGCCGCACGCCAGCUGUUCGACGGAAUGCUCCUCAGGAACGUCGUGUCCUGGAACGUCAUGAUCAAUGGGUAUGUGAAGGCGAAGCGGCCCGAGCAGGCGCUGGAGGUGGUGCGGUGGAUGGCGGGGGUCGGGGUCAGGGGCACUGCGACGACCAUGGUCGGGGUGGCCACCGCGUGCGCCAGGCUGGGGUGGCUGGGGUCUGGCAGGGAGGUGCAUUGUGCAUACUUGCGCCGCUUCGAGGAGGAUAACCUCUUGUUUUGGACUUCGCUGGUUGAUAUGUAUGGCAAGUGCCGGAGGGUGGCGGCUGCGAGGAAGGUGUUUGAUCGGCUCAACAUCCAGAAUACAGUUUGCUGGAAUGCAAUGAUCAUCGGGCAUUGCGUGUAUGGCGAGCCUGGUGAUGGGAUUGAGUUGUUCCAUCAGAUGAUUGGACGAGGGAAGAAUGGUUCAGAUAACCAAUGGGUUCUGCGACCAGAUCAAGUCACUUUCAUUGGUGUACUCUGCGCGUGUACCCGUUUAGGUCUUCUGGAUGCUGGGAAGGUAUAUUUCAACCAGAUGACCACGACGUACAGUCUCAGGCCAACAUUCGCACACUAUUGGUGCAUGGCGAAUCUGUAUGGGAGUGUUGGCCUUCUGGAAGAAGCAGAGAGCCUCUUGAAGAGCGUGCCAGAGGAGCUGAAGGCACGUGCAUUGGGUGGUUUGCUUGGGUUGUGCCGGUUCAGAGGGGAAUGGAAACUUGGGGAACGUAUAGCCCUCAGGUUGAUCGAGCUGGAACCAAGCAACUGUGCUCACUAUGCUCUGUUGUGCAGUGUAUAUGCUUCGGCGGGAAGAUGGGAAGAUGCUCACAGGGUGAAGGCUAUCAUAAAGGAAAGCGAUAAGAGGUUCAGUCCUGGACACCGUCUGGUGGAUCUAAAUGAGAUCGCAAGUGAAUUUAAAAUUAGGGAGAGGCAACCUGAGAACCAGGAAAUAUAUGUUAUCCUGGAUGACUUGGUGUCAAAGCUGCAGUUUACAAGCAGAGAAGAUGCGCAAACUGAACCAGGGAUAAAAUAG